AUCUAAAAAACAAACACUCAAAACUUACAAAAACACAAAUUCAAUCACAAAAUGCAAUUAAUAAAUGACCAUUCCCCUGUCGUAAACGUAAAGGAACGUAAAAUUUGUGACAUUGGGAACAUUAAUACAAACAUUCGAGAAUCAUUCCAUGAUAUAGAUAAAGAGAAGAUGUCCUCAGACGCUGCUCUCUUCCUCAUGAACCCAGUGGCCAGCGGAGACAAUAUGCUGACUGACAUGAACAGCGGACAGAAGCUGAAAGAAGAACUGGCUCCACUGCUUGUGCCCUGCUGCGAAGGAAAGGAGUUACGGAUCAAUGAAGAACUGGUGCGUAGCGGACUAUCAGCCAUAUCCGUGAAACAAGACAGCGUCGUACAUUGUAUGAGCACAUCAUAUGCUUGUGAGAAGAUGCAGGUUCCAGCUGGACUUGUUAAGCAUAGAAAUUCAUUUCGCUGCCUGCAUCGACCUGACCUGAAGCGCGUUCCAUACCUUCGUCGCAUGACGCCCGACGAACUUGAGACGUUGUUUCGUGGAUUUGCAGAUCUCCCGGUGCACUUUGACAGAAAUGAUAGCCAAAAACCAACAACUUGCCCAAAUUGCGCUCAACGCCCAGAAGUGCCCAAUAAAACAACUGCAUCUAAAAGGGCAUUAGAGACAACAACAGUAAAUUUAAAUCAAAGUACGGAUGACGGUGGGUUACUCCAUCCCAUACCAGAAACGAAAUCCUGCGCCGAGGACGUGCCCGCCGGCAUGAGGUUGCACGGGGCGCGCGCAAGGCUCUACACUUCCGUCUUAGCUGGAGCUAAAACGGGCGAUCAGUUGGAUAAUGCGUCAGCAAAUGAAGAAUACGAUACGCAAGUACCUAACGAAGUAAUACCUGAAGACGAGAUUCAGUUUAGCGAAGAGCUGCAAAUUAUCCUGCCUCCACGCUGCGAUGACGUCACUGCGGAUUCAUCCACCACCAGUUCAGAUAAAGCCACUUAAAAUGUUACCCAAUUCUACUGUUUAAACAAAAUAUUGGUACCUAUUUUGCCCAAACAUCCAAGCAGACGAAAAUUAUUUUGUUUAAUCACUCUGUCUUUUACUAAAACGUUAAAAACCAAAUGAUUAACAAAAUUUUUUCAAGGUUUCCAACAAGACUUAAAAGUUAAAAGUAGACAGUUGCUACAAUGACAAAUGCUCAAAUCUCCUUUCGUAAGGAAGAUCUUUAUGCAAAUUUUAUCAUCUAGACAAUGGCAACGGAUUGACUAUGUAAUUCAUUCAGUUUAGAGAAGUAGUUUAAAAGAUUUAAUUUAAUAUAGCGCAUGAAAAUAUCACUGAAACGUAUAAAAAAACGUCGAUGGGUGACGAAAUUUAUUCAAAAAUUAAAGAAACGAUUUGGUAAGCUAAUGUUGUAUUUAUAUUGGAUGAUUAGCGAUUUCUCUGGUUACGAUUGUAAGUAGCUUGUCGACAUGAAAUACGUUUUGGAUCAGAAUUAUGUAAUAACAUGGUUGAUUAAUAAAAAAUGCUUUAAUUAAAUAACAAAUAUUUUCUUUUGAUUGGAGCUACCUUAUAGUAGGCGAGCCGAAGAGGAGAUUUUUGCAGUUACUCGAGCGCGGCAGAUACAUAACAUAAGGGAGUAUACCUUGCACGUUGUUGAUUACCUCCACCAAGUAUGAGCCCUUAAUAUUGGUGGGUACGUUUAGGGCAACUAACUUUAGAAAUACUCAACCAGCUAAACGGUGUAUUUCGAAAAUCUGACGUUUUGAGCGUAAUGUAAAGGAAUGGGAGGGUUCUAAAGUUACAAAAUAAAUAUAACUAUAACGGAAAAUAAAACCCUUAUAUUGCUGUUAUCGGGCCACGAACGCGGUUAAUUUUUUUACUUGUUUUGUAUGAACUAAUCUCCUGAAUAAUCGCUCAUCUUUUCUGAUUAUUUCUGUAAGCCUAAGUAAUAAAAAUUGUCUAUAAAGUCUGUCGUUUUUCCCCACAGCUCAAAGCGAAAAAAA